AUGGACAAUAUUUACGUCCUGAAUUAUUUAGUUAAUAGGAAUUUGGGGAAAAGUAAUGGAAAGUUGGUGGCUUCAUUUGUGGAUCUAAAAGCGGCAUUUCCAUCAGUAAACAGGGGAAUUUUAUGGAGGGUUGUAAGGGAGAGGGGUAUAGAGGAUGGGUUGGUGGAGAGGAUAAAGGAGCUAUACGAGGACACCAAAGAAAGGGUAAAAAUUGGGGAAAGUUUGGGACGGGAAUUUUGGUUGGGUAGAGGGCUAAGGCAGGGCUGCCCCCUGAGUCCAAUAUUGUUCAACAUGUUGAUUGCGGAUCUGGAAGAAAGAAUGAGUAAGAGAGGGAAGGGUGGUGUGAUUUUAAGGAAUGGAAGAAUAUAUACUCUAGCAUAUGCGGAUGAUGUGGUUUUGAUGGCUGAGAAUGAAAGUGGAAUGAAAUUAUUAAUGAAAGAGUUUGAGAAAUAUGUGAGAGAGAAAGAUUUAAGUGUGAAUGUAGAGAAAACGAAAGUGGUAAGAUUCAGAAAAAAGAAUGAUAAGGAAAAAAUAGAAUGGAGGAUGAAUGGGAAGAAUGUGGAAGAGGUGAAUGAGUUUUGUUAUUUAGGGUAUUGGUUUAUGUGCAAUGGAAGGCAGGAUCUGAAUGUGGCUAUGAGAGUAGAAAAGGGGGGCAAAGCUAUGGGUCAGGUAUGGGGAAUUGGAAAAAGAAGGUUUCAGGAUGAUUGGAAGAAAAGAGUGUGGUUGUUUGAUGCGUUGGUAUGGUCGAUAAUAAGUUAUGGAGUGGAGGUAUGGGGAUGGAGUGAAAUAGGAAAAUUGGAAAGUAUGCAUGAGAAAUUCUUGAGAUGGACGAUGGGGGUAAGCUGGAAUUGCCCGGGGUAUAUGGUGAGGGAAGAAUUGGGUAGGGAGAAGAUGGUCACGAAACAGAGAAGGAGAGCGAGGAAUUAUGAGGAAAAACUGGAGCAAGGAAGGGGAAGUAAAAUAGCAGGGAUGUGUUGGAGACUAAUUAAGGAAGGAGAGGGAAGGUGUAAAAGGUGGGAAAAGGAAAGAAAGAAAGCAUUAAGGGAAGGGGGGAAAAGUAGAGAAAAAGGGAAAGAAAUAAUAGAGAUUUGGGGUAAAUGUGAUAGGGAGGAAAGAUGGAAAAAGGUAAUGGAGUCCAGGUACAACAGAUGGUACAAAAUGAUAAAAGGAGAGGGAUUGCCGAAAUAUUUGGGGAGGAAGAUGAAGUAUGAAAAGUGGAGUAGGGUGUGUAGGUUUAGAAUGGGGGAAGGUAUGAGAGAAUGUAAGUACUGGAUGGAAGAGGAUGAAAGAAAAUGCAGAAUAUGUGAGUAUGAAAGAAAGGAUUGGGAGCAUGUUUUGGAAAGGUGUUGUAGUGGACGAAUGGAGGAAGGGCAAAGCGUGACUGAAAGAGUGAUGUGGAUAUUGGAUGAGAAUGGGCAGGGUGAAAGAUGGAUGAAUGAUUUAGAGGAAGUGAGAAGAAAAAGGAAAGAGGGAUUAAUUUAG